GUUGAAACCGUUCGGAAAUUAGACUCUUGACGUUGAAAAACGGCGUACCUCCCUGUAAUUUCUCCUCCCAACUUUCCCCUUCAGUCCUACAAUCAAUGGGUUCCAUUGCCUCUCCUUCCAAUACUCCUCCAAUCGAACUUUUAUUCCUUGGAACAGGGACUUCCUCCUCGAUCCCUCAUCUGGACUGUCUGACCGCUCCGGCCAAUAGAAAGCCCUGUUUGACCUGCCUCUCUACGCUAACUCCAGAAGGAAAAAAGAAUAUCAGGCGAAAUACAUCCGCGGCUCUUCGCAUAUCAGGCAAGGACGGCAAGACAACAACUGUGGUCAUCGACGUGGGCAAAAACUUUCAAGCUGCGGCGGUGGAGUGGUUCCCAAAGUAUGGAUUGAGGGAGAUUGACGCUGUUAUCAUCACCCAUGCACAUGCCGAUGCCAUGAACGGCUUGGAUGAUCUCCGAGGAUGGACGCUCGGAGGUGCCAUACAAACUCACAUCGAUAUCUAUGUUUCUCAGUCCACGUUUCGCGAAGUUCAAAGAUCUUUCCCUUAUUUGGUCUCCAAAGAAUUCGCAUCUGGGGGAGGUGAUGUGCCGGAUUUUGAAUGGCACAUCAUAGAAGAUAAAGUCCCAUUUGAAAUCAAGGAUACGGGUGUCCAUAUUACCCCAUUCAUAGUCCACCAUGGCAGGGUGUUUACCACAGAUCCUCCGCCAGCCUUUGCACCGACACCAUGCGCGACCCAGCCAACAACUCCCAACUUGUCAGGAAGGUCAUCCCCCGUAAGACCGCUGUCAGGUACCUGCUGCAGGAACCCACCACCCAAGAUUAAUCCCUACUUGUGCUUUGGGUUUUCGAUUCAGGACAGCAUCAUCUACAUUUCUGACGUAUCUUUGAUACCUGAUGAUACUUGGGCUUUCCUAGAAUCGGCAAAGAGACCGAUGCCAGUGUUGGUGCUCGACUGCUUGCGGCUGAGGUCCCAUACGUCACAUAUGGGUGUUCAGGAAGCAGUAGCUACGGUGCGAAGGUUGAAUCCCAGCCGAACCUAUUUGACUGGGUUCAGCCAUGAUAUUUCUCAUGAUGAAUAUGUAACCAUUGGCAGGGCCGCGGGGGCAGAGGGCCCUAACUUAGAUACAACUCGCAUGAGCGUCAUGGAGCGUCGGGGGACGGAGAUGAUUCGAGAAGGGAAACCCGUUUGGAUUCGGCCAUCCCAUGAUGGAUUGAGGGUAUUUGUAUCUAGUGAUGAUUCGGUCAUUGACGAGACAUACGACUGAACAGGAAGUUGUUCUUGUAUUGCCAUUCCCCUUGAAUCUUGAUUUUGUCGUGUAUCUUUAAAUAUACUUUUAGUUGUACCGUAGAAUUCGGGGUCCUGGCGGCCGUUAACGGAAUAGGACUUGCUUACGUGAUACAAUCCUGU